CCUCAACGGGAACCAAAUUAGGCACGACGAGAAGGAAGGGUCGCACAUGUUGACUUAACGAGCCUUAGGACACUGGAAACGCCACGAAGGGUGACAAGGGAUCAUUCGCGUCCAUAUUCCCCUUCACUCCCCCACGCGUCAGAGUGUGCACGUUCAACACCUUCACGACAAGAUGACAGACCCUCGACCACCCACUGUAGAGGUCGUCCCUGCGAGUCAGGAAGCAGUGCAGGACGCAAAUGGAGGGCAGGUGGCCGACGAGGAUAAGUACUCCGAUUACAUACCUCAGAGUGGCGAUCUGAGUCGGGCCCCGACAGCCAGCGCCUCCGCGUCGCGCAAUGCCUCCAAAGCAGCCACGCCAGAGCGAGCGGACGAGGAUGACACGGAAAAUGAAGAGCAAGAUGGCGACGAAUCCUCCAAGGCUGACGACUCUCCUUCCAAAUCGAUGCGACAAUUGGAGAAGGAGCGCAACAAAUCUCAGCGUGGCGAAGCUAGAAAAUCAGCACUGGCUAGGCGCGCUGCUCAGAACGCCGGCUUGAGCAACAAGCGCGAAGAAAUGCAGCAGUCUAAGCUGGCCGAUUCCAUGAAGCGUUUCAGCUACUUGCUUGGCCAGACAGAGCUUUUCCAACACUUUAUCGACAUUAAGAAGGAGCGCGACCCGGCUUUUGCCAAGCUGCUGGAAGAAUCCGAGCAGCAGAACAAAGGCAAGAAACGCAAGGGUGGUGCUCCAUCCGGCGGCGGGAACAGACGGCGGAAGACCGAGAAAGAAGAGGAUGAGGAGCUACUCAAGGAGGAUGACGAUGAGGAGGAUUCAUUCAUCUUCGAGGAGAGUCCACACUACGUCAAAGGGGGCACGAUGCGCCCUUACCAGGUCGCAGGACUCAACUGGAUGAUCUCUCUGUACCAUCACGGUAUCAACGGCAUUCUGGCAGAUGAGAUGGGUCUUGGGAAAACGCUGCAAACUAUCUCAUUCCUUGGCUACUUGAAGUUCUUCCGGGACACACCUCGCUUCCACUUGGUGGUCGUACCAAAGUCAACACUGGACAAUUGGCGCCGGGAAUUCACACACUGGGUUCCGGGCUUCAAUGUCAUUACACUGAAGGGCAGUAAAGAGGAGAGAGCCGAGGUAAUCGAAAAGCAUCUUUUGCCGCAAGAUUUUGACGUCCUGAUCACCACCUACGAGAUGUGCCUUCGCGAGAAAUCUUCACUUAAGAAGCUGUCGUGGGAAUACAUCGUGAUCGACGAGGCUCACCGCAUCAAGAACGUCGACUCGAUGUUGUCGCAGAUUGUGCGGGCAUUCACUUCUAGAAGCCGUCUUCUCAUCACAGGAACACCAUUGCAGAACAACCUCAUGGAGCUAUGGAGUUUGCUCAACUUCCUUCUGCCCGAUGUGUUCUCGAAUUCGGAAGACUUUGAGUCGUGGUUCAACGGAAAAGGCGAUGGAAAUCAGGACGCUGUCGUCCAACAAUUGCACAAAGUGCUCAAGCCUUUCCUCCUGCGUCGCGUCAAAGCUGAUGUGGAGAAGAGUCUCUUGCCGAAGAAAGAGAUUAACGUCUUUGUUGGGCUGACUGAUAUGCAGCGCAAGUGGUACAAAGCCUUGCUCGAGAAGGACAUUGAUGCCGUAAACGGUGCAGGGGGCAAGAAGGAGGGGAAAACGCGCCUGUUGAACAUCGUCAUGCAGUUGCGCAAGUGCUGCAACCACCCUUAUCUCUUCGACGGAGCCGAGCCAGGCCCUCCUUUCACGACAGACCAACACCUGAUCGACAAUUCAGGCAAAAUGAUCAUCCUCGAUAAGCUGUUGAAGAGCAUGAAGACCAAGGGCUCACGCGUUCUCAUCUUCAGUCAGAUGAGUCGUGUGCUUGACAUUCUUGAAGAUUAUUGCUUCUUCCGAGAAUACGAAUACUGUCGCAUUGACGGUAGCACGGCGCAUGAGGACCGUAUUGCUGCCAUUGACGAGUACAACAAGCCCGACAGCUCCAAAUUUGUCUUCUUGCUGACGACCCGUGCUGGAGGUCUCGGUAUCAACUUGACGAGUGCCGACAUUGUCGUUCUUUUCGACAGCGACUGGAACCCGCAGGCGGAUCUGCAAGCAAUGGACCGUGCUCACAGAAUCGGCCAAAAAAAGCAGGUUUACGUCUUCCGCUUCGUGACGGAGCACGCUGUUGAAGAGCGCAUCCUCGAGCGAGCCGCUCAAAAGCUCCGGCUGGAUCAGCUAGUCAUCCAACAGGGUCGAGCGCAGCAGGCACAGAAAGCUCAACAGAACAAGGAAGACCUCGUCGAUAUGAUCCAGCACGGUGCAGAGAAGAUUAUCGCUGGCAAGGAGAGUAUGGUGGUCGAUGACGACAUUGACAAGAUCAUCGCUCAGGGAGAGCAGCGCACAGCUGACCUGCAAGCGCGCUAUCAGAGUCUGGGUCUGGACGAGCUGGCCAAUUUCAAGAGUGACACAGCUUACGAGUGGGAGGGCACGAACUUCCAAGGAGGAAAGCGACCGCUAGGCCAACUUUGGAUCGAGCCGAGUAAGCGCGAACGCAAGGUCAACUACUCUGUCGACAGCUACUACCGCGAUGCCAUGCGCGUUGGACCAAAGUCGACUGCCCCAAAGGCUCCGAGAGCACCAAAACAAAUCGCAACGCCGGAUUGGCAGUUCUUCCCGCAGCUGCUUAUCGAUUUGCAGGAGCGAGAGACGGCUGCUUAUCAGAAAAGCAUUGGGUAUAAGGUCCCCUUGAGGGAGGCGAAAGAUGGCGAAACCCAGGAUGAUCUGGAUGAGGAACGACGACAGGAGCAAGAGACAAUCGAUAAUGCCCAAGACCUCACAGAGGAAGAGUUGGCCGAGAAGGAAGAGCUCGCACAGCAAGGAUUCACGGACUGGACCCGAAGGGACUACCAAAACUUUGUCAAGGGUUGCGAAAAGCAUGGCCGGAAGGCAUUUGGCGCAAUCGCCCAGGAGUUCUUUCCGGACGAGAGCAAGACGGAGAAGGACAUCAAGGCCUACUCAGAGGUAUUCUGGCAGAGAGUGGGCGAGCUUACGGACUCCGAGCGAGUUGUCUCACGAAUCGAGGAGGGAGAAGCGAAGCUGGCCAAGCAGAGCUUGACGGAGUCGCUGUUGCGGAAGAAGAUCGCUUCUUAUCGGUCACCGCUUCAGCAGAUCAAGCUGACGUACAACCAGACCAAGGGCAAGUCCUACUCGGAGGAAGAGGACCGCUUUUUACUCGUCCGGCUGGCGAACUACGGCCUCUCGGAUGAAGAUGCGUACGAGAAGAUCAAGAAGGACAUAUCUAUCGACCCCAUGUUCCGCUUCGAUUGGUUCAUCAAGUCACGCACGAGCCAAGAGCUCAGCAGGCGCUGUACCACGCUCCUUGGCCUCUUGCUGAAGGAUGAGCCUGGUUUUGCCGAUGAGACCGUCAAGAGCAGCCAUGGUAAGCCCAAGAAGCGCAUCGCUUCAGAUGCCAUUGUCUCCAGUCGCGGGUCGACACCAGCUGGCGGCCCCGCCUCAAAGAAACGCAAGACUUGAUCCAUGCAACUAGAUUCGAGCCUCGUAGAUCACUUGUACUUUGUCUCAUCUUUCUACAAAAGCACGUUU